AUGGUACCGACACUCCACAGACCCAGCUCGUGUAGCCCAGCUCGUGCCGCAGCUUUUGAGACCCGGUCCGCGCACGCAAGCCUUGCCGAUCCUACCUCAUUCAAGAACGCAUCUCGCCAAACUAGCCUCGCAAUCCCAAACCAGCCUUCUUACAAUUCGGUGCUUGACUACCGAAUGAACACUCGGACAUCAAUGGACCUAGCUCCAAGAGCCCAGCCCUAA